AUGGAUGAUAACACAAAAGCCAUAACGAUGAUGGAAGAUCAGAGUGAUCAUUUAAGUUUUGAUCUUCCGCCUGGUUAUCAGUUCCUUCUCACCGAUGAAGAGCUCAUCCGUUAUUACUUGAUCAACAAAGUCUUGAAUACACCUCUCCCAACAAACAAAAUCAAAGAUGUUAAUAUGUACUGCUACAAUCCAGAUCAACUGUCAGGAUUUGAGAGGGCGCUGAAAUUUCAUGAAGGGAAAUCAAGAAAGUUAGAUACAAAAACCAAGUGGAUCAUGCAUGAAUACCGAGUCAACUACCAGUACCUGAAAGUUCCAAGUACACGGAGGACUCCAGAUCAGCCACAUCUGAAGUUGGAUGAUUCGGUUCUCUGCAAGAUACAUGAGAACGAAAGGGGGACAAAAGGAAAGUCGACUGAUGAAAAGCAAGAUAUUCCAUCAAAUACCUUUCCUGAUGAUCAUGCAGAUCAAGGAGGCCGGCCGGCGAUUAUUUCAUCUCGAGUUCCACUCACGACGUUGUUGCCCAUAAAUCAAGUUCCUCCAGUACCUAAUAAUUAUGACUUGAGCAACCAUGCGCUUAACUCUUCAUGCCAGUUUGAUCAGUACUACUCGGGACAAAUGAUAUCAGCAUUUGGUCAUGAACAUGAUCAUCAUCAUCAUCGGGAUCCUAUAGCAUUCGAAAAUACCAGGCUACAUAAUUAUGCGUUAGCGGAUCAUCCUGAUCCGUUUUUCAACGUUAAUAUGACGAGACCGGAUGAUGAUCAUCAUGUAUUUGCAGCUCCCGUACCUAAUUAUGUCGGCGAGAGGACGAUGAUGAUCGGCGCGGCCUUCAACUAUCAGGUCCUGCAUUUAAUGAUCCGCCACUCGGAAAUCCAGACAUAA